AAUAAUAAAAAAUCAAAUAGAAUAGAACUAGAAAAUUGAACAAAAGAAAAAUAAGAGAGACACGUAGAAAAAGGAAAGAGAGAAUUGAAAAGCCAAAAUCCCGCGCUCGCGCUUAUUCCAAAUUUUGAAAACCAGAAAACACUAAUGGAUUUGGAGGAUGAAGAAUGGGAACUCUGCUGCGACGAUGGCUUGGUCUACAAGCGCAAACGCGGUCGAUUCAAUCCCCCGCCGGAGUCCUCCUCGGUGGCCGAUGAGAAAAGGUUGGAGAACUUGCGGAGAGAACGGAAGAAACAGACCCUAUUGAAGCUUAAAUCGAAGUUCGAGAAGGAAAUUGUUCAUUGGGAAAAUUUGUCGAACACCUUGCGGGCAUUACGAAUUUCAUCUUCAACUCAGCUUCAACAACUGCAAGAGAAGCAGCAGAUACAAGAUCAAACCCCAUCUCUUCCUUCCACUUCUUCCUCUCUCACUCAAUCAUCUCUCCUCGACGAUCUUCUCUUCCAGGUGGAAGCUCAGGAAGCAAUCAUUCAUGAUAUUUCCAAUUUAUGCGACGUUGCAGAAGCAAUUUGCUUCAAACAAGAACAAGCUUUGUUUGAUUUACAAAUCUGGUCUACACCACUUGAUCUCAUGCAAGUGUUAAGUUAUGAAGAUUAAGUUUUAAGUUAUGAAGGUUAAGUUAUGAAGAUUGAUAAAGUUCUACCUUGUACCAUUUUCUUGAUAAUUAUGUCAAGUUCAAAAGGAGGGUCUACAUAGUUCAACAAACAGAUCUUAGUUGUAACUUAAAGUAGAUUAGACCAUUGGUAAAUAUUUUUAAAAUAUUGAUUAACUGUAUUUAAAAGCAUUUUGAGUAGAGUCAUGCCAUUAGAGUUAACUUAGGAUGAAUGUAAAAAGUGAGAAGGUAGUUUAAUAGUUUUGUAUGUCUGAAAUUUACUCUUAUUAUUGUGUGGUUUUUGACU